AUGAAUAUAUUUUCGAAUUUCCCAUUUCCACCAUCACAAUCAUCAUCAUCCUCCGCUCUUGACAGUAACAAUUUUGUCACAAUCGAAAAUGGUCAACAACAAAUGGAAAUAUCAGCCAAUACACAGUCAACAAGUAUGAUGACAUCAAUUAAUAAUGAUAAUUGUUCGGAACAAAAAAUACCACCACCACCAUUACCGCCACCACCACCGCCACCACCGCCACCACCAUCAUCGUCAUCGUCAUCAUCAUCAUCAUCAUCAUCCUUAUCAUUAUCAUCGUUAUCAAAACCUGUUCCGUCAUCAUCAUCAUCAUUAUCAUCAUUAUCAACAACAAAACCAUCAACAAUAACAACAACAACAACAACAACAACAACAACAACAACAACAGCAACAGCAGCAUCAAAUGGACAACAGAAAUUAUUGACCCAACGACGAAAUGAUACAAAGAUCGAUGAUCAACGACAUCGGAAAUACUCACUUCAAACGACUUCACAAAAUAAUUGGCCCGGUGAAAAUGAUUGGAUGGAAAAUGAGAAGCAUGCAUCGAACAAAGAAACUACAAUGAAAAAUGGACAUAGUGAGGAAAAUAGCACGGAAGGAGAACCAAUUUGGGUUAUGAGAGAUUCUUAUUUGAAGAGGGUUCAAAGGAAAGAAAAUCAAAAUAAUGAACAAAUUAUGGAAAUGAACAAAAGCUCUGAAAAAGAACCAAUUUCGGAUGAAGCAAUAAAUGAAACCGAAAGUUUGCUAUCAAAGGAUGAACAAGGUGGUGAUGAUGGAAUUAGAACAAAGAAAGGCUCUAAGAAGGAAGUUAUAGUACAUGAGCCAGCGGUACUCAUUGAAGGUGUGCUAUUUCGAGCCAGAUAUUUGGGCUCAACACAGCUAAUUUGUGAGGGAAGACCGACGAAGGCAAGCCGUAUGAUGCAAGCGCAGGAAGCGGUAGCUCGAGUUAAGGCACCAGCAGGUGAAAUUCAACCAAGUACAGAUAUCGAUUUAUUCAUAUCAACAGAGAAAAUUAUGGUAUUGAAUACUGAUCUUCAGCGGAUAUCAGAUACAGAUGUUCGACAGGAUAUAUUAAUGGAUCAUGCAUUACGAACGAUAUCAUAUAUUGCGGAUAUCGGUGAUUUGGUUGUUUUGAUGGCACGGCGGAUGUCACAAUCGUCUAAAGAGGACAUUUCUGUAAAUACACCUCGGGUGAUAUGUCAUGUUUUUGAAUCCGAUGAGGCAUCAUUUAUUGCCCAAUCGAUUGGACAAGCCUUCCAGGUUGCCUAUGUCGAAUUUCUUCGUGCCAACGGUAUCGAUGACCCAUCAUAUUUGCGUGAAAUUGAUUAUCAGGAAGUGUUAAGUUCACAAGAAUUAAUGGGUGAUGAAUUGGAGAUGUUUGCUAAGAAGGAAACUCAAAAAGAUGUUGUUGUACCGAAAAAAGCUGGUGAACCGCUCGGUGUUGUAGUUGUUGAAUCCGGUUGGGGUUCCAUGUUACCAACGGUUGUUAUUGCUAAUUUACAACCAAAUGGUGCUGCUUGUCGUUGUAAUCAUUUAAAUAUUGGUGAUCAGAUAAUUGCAAUUAAUGGCAUAUCAUUAGUAGGUCUUCCUUUAGCUUCCGCGCAACAAAAUAUUAAGGCAACAAAAAAUUCCACAGCUGUAAAAUUAACAGUUGUUUCGACGCCACCAGUUGUUGAAGUUAGAAUUCGACGUCCUGAUACCAAAUAUCAACUUGGUUUUAGUGUACAAAAUGGAGUGAUUUGCAGUUUAUUACGCGGUGGUAUAGCGGAACGUGGUGGAAUUCGUGUUGGUCAUCGAAUUAUUGAAAUUAAUUCACAAAGUGUUGUUGCAGUACCACAUGAACGAAUUGUUAAUAUGUUAGCAUCAGCAAUUGGUGAGAUUCAUAUGAAAACAAUGCCCACAUCAAUGUUUCGUCUGCUCACCGGCCAAGAAGUGCCAAAUUAUAUUUAA